AUGAAAAAGUACCGCCCCGGCCGGCUGCCCGCUUCGCCCGUGCCCAAAACCACCGUGGCAGGGUUCCAACCCAGAAGCCCCCUAGAAGACUUGGCAUGGUUCCAACCCAAAGGUUACUUAGGCCCUGAUCUGACGACCUCUACAUACACAGACGGCAUCGACUAUGGUGACAGUGGAACGUGCAAUUACACCCAGCAUUCUGCCACCUUCCUCCCGAUCCUGUACAGCACAUACUUCCUGUUUGGGUUGCUAGGCAAUGGCUUGGUUGUCUGGGUGAUAAUGAGCGGGGAGCAGCUGCGGAGCAUGACGGACGUGUGUCUGCUCAACCUGGCACUGGCGGACCUGCUACUGGUCAUCUCGCUGCCCUUCUUGGCUCACCAGGCCCGGGACCAUUGGGUAUUCGGGGAUGCCAUGUGUAAGCUGGUCCUCGGGGUGUACUACGUGGGCUAUUACAGUGGCAUCUUCUUCAUCACGCUCAUGGCCGUGGAUCGGUACCUGGCGGUUGUACACGCCGUGCACGCCCUCCGAAUCCGCACACGCACUUAUGGAAUUAUCGCCAGCAUAGUCGUCUGGAUAGCCAGCAUCUUAUCGUCGUUCCCUGAAGUGACAGCUCUGAAGUUGAGCGCAGGAGAUCGGCCGAACUGCUACAGAGACUACCAAGGUGAAGACCACCUGCGCUCUGUCAUCUUCUUUAAGAUGAACAUCCUGGGUUUCGUGGUCCCACUGGCCAUCCUGUUCUUCUGCUACACCCGGAUCCUGCUGAAGCUCUUGCACAGCCGCUCGCGUAAAGGCCAGGCGGUGCGCCUCAUCGUUGUGGUGAUGGUCGUCUUCCUGUGCUGCUGGGCGCCCUACAACAUCACGCUGUUUUUCUGGGGGCUGCACACCCAUGAUUUCUUCAGCGACUGUGACUCCAGCAAGUCCCUGCUCCUUAGCCUGCAGAUCACCGAGGGGAUGGCGUACACCCACUGCUGCCUCAACCCUGUGCUCUAUGUGUUUGUGGGUGAGAAGUUCAGGAGGCGCUUCCUGCGGCUCCUCAGCAAGAGCCCUUGUGUCAGGUGUGGCUUCGUCAAGGCUUACCUCACCACAGCCAGCGGUUCUGUCUACUCCCGCGCCAGCAGUAUGGAGGAGCGCUCCACCCAAAUUUGUGCCAAUUGUGCUCCUGUUACCCUCAGCCCUGAUCUGACAACCUCUACAUACAUACACGUCACAACCGACUAUUAUGAAGACUUCACAUUCGACUAUAGUGAGGUGGCACAGAGUGAAACGUGCAAUUACACCCAGCAUUCUGCCACCUACCUCCCGAUCCUGUAUAGCACAUACUUCCUGUUUGGGUUGCUAGGCAAUGGCUUGGUUGUCUGGGUGAUAAUGGGGGGGGCGCAGCUGCGGAGCAUGACGGACGUGUGUCUGCUCAACCUGGCGCUGGCGGACCUGCUACUGGUCAUCUCGCUGCCCUUCUUGGCUCACCAGGCCCGGGACCAUUGGUGGCAUACAGUCUUCAUCACGCUCAUGGCCGUAGAUCGGUACCUGGCGGUUGUACACGCUGUGCACGCCCUCCGAAUCCGCACACGCACUUAUGGAAUUAUCGCCAGCAUAGUCGUGUGGAUAGCCAGCAUCUUGUCGUUGUUCCCUGAAGUGACAGCUCUGAAGUCGAGCGCAGGAGAUCGGCCCAACUGCUACAGAGACUACCAAGGCAAAGACCACCUGCGCUCUGUCAGCUUCUUUAAGAUGAACAUCCUGGGUUUCGUGGUCCCACUGGCCAUCCUGUUCUUCUGCUACACCCAGAUCCUGCUGAAGCUCUUGCACAGCCGCUCGCGUAAAGUCCAGGCGGUGCGCCUCAUCGUUGUGGUGAUGGUCGUCUUCCUGUGCUGCUGGGCGCCCUACAACGCCACGCUGUUUUUCUGGGGGCUGCACAACCAGGGCUUCUUCAGCGACUGUGACUCCAGCAAGUCCCUGCUCCUGAGCCUGCAGAUCACCGAGGUGAUGGCGUACACCCACUGCUGCCUCAACCCUGUGCUCUAUGUGUUUGUGGGUGAGAAGUUCAGGAGGCGCUUCCUGCGGCUCCUCAGCAAGAGCCCUUGUGUCAGGUGUGGCUUCGUCAAGGCUUACCUCACCACAGCCAGUGGUUCUGUCUACUCCCGCGCCCGCAGUAUGGAGGAGCGCUCCACCCAAAUUUGACACCCAAUUUGAUACCCAUGUCCACACAGAGGCACAAAACACACAAACAUAUCACUAUGUACAUACACCUGCAUUCAGUUAUGCACAUACAUGUACACAUCCACUCCAACAAUAGAUGCAUAAAUACAUAUCUGCAUAAUGCAUAUGCACUUGCAUGC